AUGAUUUGGGAUGAUAACCAAAGCCGCUGCAUCAGUGAGCUCUGUUUCCGGUCGGAAGUGCGCAGGAUCAGGCUUCGGCAGGACUGCAUUGUGGUAGUGCUUGAGCAGAAGAUAUUUGUCUACCACAUUUCUAAUCUGAAGUUGUUGUUUCAAAUUGAAACAGUUGCGAAUCCAAAGGGGCUCUGUGAGGUUUCACAAGCUGCUAGUCCACUUGUGUUCGUAUGCCCUGGUCUGCAAAAGGGUCAAGUUCGGGUUGAACAUUAUGCAUCAAAAAGCGCAAAAGUUAUUGUAGCACAUGACUCGGUGCUUGCAUGUUUUGCUCUUAUGAGGGAAGGCAACCUGCUGGCAACAGCAAGCACCAAGGGUACACUAAUCCGGAUUUUCAGCAUGCUAGAAGGUACAUUGUUGCAGGAGGUAACAUCUACUGCAAAUAGAAAGUCCUCUUCUCUGCCAAUUAUCUUGGUUAAGACAUGCUGCCUCGAUAGCAUUUCACACAAAGCAGGGCAUUUUGGUGUGUUGUUUUUGUCCUCCGUGUUAUCUUCUAAGACCACUUGUUGUCCCAUUUACUAUCUAGCUUUGGAGAAGAUUGUAGCAACUGUGGAUGCCCUAUACAGUAAAUAUAUCAUAAUCAGAGUUACUGGUCUAUAA